CCUCUCUCUCCCCUCCUUGAAACCACAGCAGCCAUGGCAGAUUCUUCAGAAUUCCUCCACAAGGUGAAUUUCUCAUCUUCCAGAACCUUCGGAAGCGCCUUAAAAUCCUCUUUCAAAGAGACCUUUUUCCCCGAUGAUCCGUUCCGUCAGUUCAAGAACCAGACCCCGUUACGCCGUACAGUCCAUGCACUCAAAUACUUCGUGCCGGUUCUCGACUGGGCACCGAAAUACAAAUUCAAACUCUUCCGUUACGAUCUUCUUUCCGGCAUCACUAUCGCCAGUUUGGCGAUCCCUCAAGGAAUCAGCUACGCCAAGCUCGCGAAUCUUCCACCGAUUAUCGGCUUAUAUUCGAGCUUUGUACCGCCUUUGAUUUAUGCGGUGUUUGGAUCUUCGAAGGAUCUAGCGGUGGGGACGGUGGCGGCAGCAUCGCUGCUCAUGGCUUCGAUUAUCGGAAGUGAAGUAUCGGUGGUGAAGAAUCCGACAUUGUAUCUUCACUUGUUUUUCACUGCUGCUUUCUUCACCGGAGUUUUCCAGACUGCGUUAGGGUUCCUAAGGCUUGGAAUUUUGGUUGAUUUCUUGUCACGGUCGACGAUCCUUGGGUUCAUGGGGGGAACGGCCACGAUCAUCUGCUUACAGCAAUUGAAGGGCAUGUUUGGACUGCAGCAUUUCACAACUAAUAUGGAUGUGAUCUCUGUCAUGCAUUCAAUCUUUACACAAACUCAUAAGUGGAGAUGGGAGAGUGCCGUUUUAGGAAUUUCCUUCCUUUGCUUCCUCCUCUUCACCCGUUAUCUGAGUAAGAAGAAGCCAAGGCUAUUUUGGGUAUCGGCGAUUUCACCCUUGCUGACCGUGAUCUUAGGCUGUCUUCUCGUCUACUUCGCACGUGCCGAAAAGCAUGGAAUACAGAUAGUGGGCCCAUUGAAGAAAGGAUUAAGUCCUCCGUCCAUAAAAUAUUUGAACUUUGAGCCUCGCUAUCUAAAAGUAACCGUUAAAGCUGGGAUCAUUUCAGGCAUCUUAGCUUUAACGGAAGGAAUAGCCAUUGGAAGGAGCUUCGCAAUGAUGAAAAACUACCAAAUAGAUGGCAAUAAAGAGAUGGUUGCUUUUGGGCUCAUGAACAUUGCCGGCGCUUUCACAUCAUGCUACUUGACUACCGGGCCAUUUUCCAAAUCAGCAGUGAACUACAAUGCUGGGUGCAAGACACAAAUGUCGAAUGUGGUGAUGUCCAUCUGCUUGAUGCUCACUCUCUUGUUCUUGGCUCCUCUCUUUAGCUACACUCCUCUGGUGGCUCUUUCGGCCAUCAUCAUAUCUGCCAUGAUCGGUCUCAUCGAGUACGAAGAGGCUUAUCACCUUUUCAAGGUCGACAAGUUCGAUUUUUUAAUUUGCAUGGCAGCAUUUCUCGGAGUUGUCUUUGUCAGCAUGGACGUUGGGCUCAUGGUGUCGGUGGGCAUUUCAAUAGUUAGAUCACUGUUAUAUCUGGCGAGACCCGGGAUUUCGAAGCUCGUGAACAUUCCAAACACCAAGAUGUAUCGCGAUGUAGAGCAAUAUCCAUCUACAAACGACGUGCCGGGCAUUCUUAUUCUAGAACUGGGAUCACCCAUCUACUUCUCUAGUGCUGGCUACCUAAGAGAAAGGAUUUUGAGAUGGAUCGAUGAAGAACAUGAGAAGAUCACAAAUUCUGGCGGAAAUGAACUGCAAUACGUUAUCCUAGAUAUGGGCGGGGUGACGUCCAUAGACAAGCCGGGCAUCGAAAUGCUGCAUGAAGUCCAGAAAAACAUCCAUAGAAAAGGGAUCAAGAUGGCAUUAACGAAUCCCAGAAUUGAAGUCAUGGAAAAGUUUCUAUCCUCUAAUUUCCUGGAAACAUUUGGAAAGGAAUGGGUGUUUCUAUCGGUAGCGGAGGCGGUCACAGCGUGCCGGUUUAUGCUUCAUGAAUCAAAGCAAAAGGGCUUUGCAGGACUCAAUGAUCACACCAUAGCAGUUGAUAAUGCUUAAAUUAUCAAGGCCGACUUGUAUCCAUCAUGCUAGAUCAGGAAGUGCCGUUAAUCACCCAAUACAUGAUACAUGGUGGUCAAUCUAGGCCUUCCAACUAAUGGGCCUUAUAUAUACAUGGCCCACAGUUGAGAAUCAAACUGAUCGGAUCAUCUUUACCAUAAGUCUGUCAUGGUAGCUAGAUUCGUUUUCGUUUUGAAUGUUCAUUUAAAUGCCUACCCAUUUGGAUUGGAUCAUAGGGUGCGAAUGGGUGGCCCACAAUCUAGGCCUUUCAAUUGUGGGCCACCCAUUCACAGACCCACUAGAUGGAUGGUCUGAAUCCACUGCCCACCUAAAACUUAAGUAUUGGGUGACCAACGUGCACUUUUUGAUUGAGCAUGACAAAUGGAAGAGCUCUAAAUCAUAUAUGUGUGUGUAUGUCAAUAACUAUGAUUAGCAGUUCCCAAUCAAUAACAGUAAGGGAUGUUUUGAAAGGGAGCUUUGUUGCAUGUUAUGUUGUAACGUUUGGAUGAUCCAACUAAUAAGAAUAAUAAAACUCCAUCGUGUUUAAAUCA